ACAAACUAAGAAGAAAUAUUAUUCGUGGUGUACACACUGGCAAAGUAGCAUUUGUUUACAUUAAUGUGGUGGCGAUUGCAGGGUCUUCUUAGCAAAUGUAAAUACAAAAUCCACAACAGUUUCGAAAUCAUACGUUGAUAUGGACAUUUUGAAAAGAUGCCGCGUUUGCAGAACAAUAAUCAAUGGGGAUAGCUAUAAUCUGUGGGAUAACCCAGAUCUUGCAUAUAAAUAUAAAGCCUGCUCGGAUCUGAAUCUGACAGAAGAAUCCGGCGAACAUGGAGUACCUAAAUGCCUGUGUCAAUCUUGUUUCGACAAUGUGGAGGAGUUCUUUGCAUUUCGUAGUUUGUGCAUUGAAUCCGAUGGAUAUUGGCGUUCUCAAGAACGCAAUUCUCCAGGGGUUUUCGUUGACGAGAAGCCCAAGUAUAAUGUGGAGGAAGAAAAUCCAUCUCCAUCGGAUGUUGAGCAUAUAGAAAUGGAGGGAACUAUUGCUGAGCUGGUAGAUACAGCAGUUAAGAAACCAAGGGGUAGGCCAUUAAAAAGUAGAAAGGCGUCUACCGAUGUGGUGACCAUAAACGAAGAUGCUAAAUCACACUCUAAAGAUGAAGGAGAGACAAAGGUUCAGUCUUCAGGAAAACGUCUGCAAACGCAAAACACACCCAUCUUUCAAUGUGACAUCUGUCCAACCCGCUUCUUUGUGGAGCACCGACUCGUGGCGCACAAACGAUUACACGACGGUCUUGUGCCAUAUCCCUGCACUCAUGAAGGCUGUGAGCGUGGAUUUAAUCGUCUGCAUUGCCUAUCGGAGCAUUUAAAAGAACAUGCCGGGACCAGCUGCUGGUAUGCCUGUGAGCAAGAAGGCUGCACAAAAACCUACAAGCACAAACCGACGCUGGUCAUGCAUAUGCGCAAGUCUCAUAAGAUGGGACCCGAGCCAAAGAAACAUGUCUGUGAGUUUUGCGGCAAGGUUUUUAAAUCCUCAGCUGUACUCAAAGAUCAUUGUUAUACGCACAAAGACCAGUCGGAGCUUCCGCACGCGUGCGAGGAGCCGGAAUGCCUGCGUCGCUUCUCCAAAAAGGAGAAACUUAAGGUCCACAUGCUGCGGCAUGCGGGGAUAAAGAACUUCACCUGUCCCUACUGCGGUAUGCGCAAGACAACUCGCAACGAGCUCAAGAUUCACAUCAAUUAUCAUACUCUGGAACGUACCUGGCCUUGUCGCUUUUGUACUAAGGUCUGCAACAGCGCCGGUAAUCUGAAAAUGCACGUGCGCACUGUUCACGAGCGUGCCAGAGACUAUGCAUGCAGUCAUUGCGAUCGAACGUUUGCCAAGCCGGAUACCCGAAAAUACCACGAGAUGACACACACUGGCGAGAAACCGAAUGAGUGCCUGGAGUGUGGCAAGAGAUUUACACAGCCUGCUGCGCUACGAACGCAUCGUAAGAUUCAUCAGCGUCAGCGCGAGAAAACAAAUACGUUGUCGAAUAGAAAGAGUCCUUGUGACGAAGAUAACCUUGCAUAAUUAAGAUGCACCCCUCUCGACUACAGCCAUUCAACUAAAAUAAACUUUGCCGUACCAAUCAUUCCUGUGACAGUUAUGUUAUCUAUGAUGUUGAUCACCAAUUUUGAUAAAACGCCAGUAUUGAUGAGACACUAUAAAAAACUAACAAAUAUCAAAAUUAAUUACGAUGCUGAAAUAACAAAAGUUGUUUAUAAUUUGUUGAACUGAUUGUAUGGCUACU